UUCUGGGAGUCAGGGCAACACCUAGAGAAAACGGGGACGAUAUAGCUGUGUGCGGGGGUUCAGCGUCGUUGUUUACCCGUAAUAUGGGCAAAUUACAACACUAAAACAUAACGUUAAGGGUUAUAUUAUUGGGGUGAAAAUACUACAUAGGGUAAUUUUACGGCUUGUAUAGAUUUGUAUAACACUAAAGAGGCAGCAUGUCGCGAGGAGUGCUGCAACCGAGCCAGCAAAAGCUGGCGGAGAAACUGACCAUCCUAAAUGACAGGGGAAUCGGGAUGCUGACCCGCAUCUAUAACAUCAAAAAGCAAGGACAAGUUUGGAAGGCAUGUGGGGACCCAAAAGCAAAGCCAUCCUACCUUAUAGACAAAAACCUGGAAUCGGCAGUAAAGUUUAUUGUCCGAAAAUUCCCAGCUGUGGAAACACGAAAUAACAACCAACAGCUUGCACAACUACAAAAAGAAAAAUCUGAAAUUCUAAAGAAUCUAGCACUAUAUUACUUCACGUUUGUUGAUGUAAUGGAAUUUAAGGAUAACGUUUGUGAGCUUCUCAACACUAUUGACGUUUGCCAAGUUUUCUUUGACAUUACAGUAAAUUUCGACCUAACCCGGAACUACCUUGAUUUAGUCGUAACCUACACUACACUAAUGAUGCUGCUGUCACGGAUUGAAGAGCGGAAAGCUAUUAUAGGACUAUAUAACUACGCCCAUGAAAUGACACAUGGCUCAAGUGACAGAGAAUACCCCAGGCUCGGGCAGAUGAUCGUGGAUUACGAGAACCCCCUGAAAAAGAUGAUGGACGAAUUUGUUCCCCAUGGAAAGUCGCUGUCAGACGCCCUCAUCUCCCUCCAGAUGGUGUACCCUCGGCGGAACCUGUCGGCGGACCAGUGGAGGAACGCUCAGCUCCUGAGCCUGAUCAGCGCGCCCAGCACUAUGCUGAAUCCAGCCCAGUCAGACACGAUGCCCUGCGAAUACCUGUCCCUGGACACUAUGGAAAAAUGGAUAGUAUUUGGGUUCAUCCUGUGCCACGCGGUUCUGAACAGCGACCCGGCCGCCCUCAGCCUGUGGAAACUGGCCCUCCAGAGCAGUUCCUGCCUGUGUCUCUUCCGAGAUGAGGUCUUCCACCUGCACAAGGCCUGCGAGGACCUGUUUGUCAACCUCCGAGGCUACAACAAGCGCAUUAACGACAUCAGAGAAUGCAAAGAAGCCGCUCUAUCACAAGCGGGCUCCAUGCACAGAGAGCGCCGUAAGUUCCUUCGAUCGGCGUUGAAAGAGUUGGCCACAGUUCUUGCUGACCAGCCUGGACUACUUGGGCCAAAGGCCCUGUUUGUGUUCAUGGCCCUGUCCUUUGCUCGGGACGAGAUCAUCUGGCUCCUGAGGCAUGCCGACAACAUCCAGAAAAAGAGCACCGACGACUUCAUCGACAAGCACAUUGCAGAGCUCAUCUUCUACAUGGAGGAGCUGAGGGCCCACGUGCGCAAGUACGGCCCAGUCAUGCAGCGCUACUACGUGCAGUACCUGUCUGGGUUCGAUGCGGUGGUGCUGAACGAGCUUGUGCAGAACCUGUCCGUCUGUCCGGAGGACGAGUCCAUCAUCAUGUCCUCAUUCGUCAACACCAUGACCUCUCUCAGUGUAAAACAAGUGGAGGACGGGGACGUGUUUGAUUUCAGAGGCAUGCGGCUGGACUGGUUUAGAUUACAGGCCUACACCAGCGUGUCCAAGGCCUCCCUGGGAAUUGCGGACCACAGAGAGCUGGGGAAGAUGAUGAACACUAUAAUUUUUCACACUAAAAUGGUUGACUCCCUGGUGGAAAUGCUGGUGGAAACCUCGGAUCUUUCCAUAUUCUGCUUUUACAGUCGAGCAUUCGAGAAGAUGUUCCAGCAGUGCCUGGAACUACCGUCCCAAUCACGCUACUCCAUCUCCUUCCCCCUGCUCUGCACACACUUCAUGAGCUGCACCCAUGAGCUAUGUCCAGAGGAGCGACACCACAUCGGUGACCGCAGCCUCUCCCUGUGCAACAUGUUCCUGGACGAAAUGGCCAAGCAGGCACGCAACCUCAUCACAGACAUCUGCACCGAGCAGUGCACUCUGAGCGACCAGCUACUGCCAAAACACUGCGCCAAAACCAUCAGUCAGGCGGUGAACAAGAAGUCGAAAAAACAGACGGGGAAGAAAGGUGAACCGGAGCGCGAGAAGCCGGGGGUGGAGAGCAUGAGGAAGAACCGGCUUCUGGUUACCAACUUAGACAAGCUCCACACGGCACUGUCCGAGUUAUGCUUCUCCAUCAACUACGUGCCCAACAUGGUGGUCUGGGAGCACACCUUCACUCCGAGGGAGUACUUGACGUCCCAUCUGGAGAUCCGCUUCACCAAGUCCAUUGUUGGGAUGACUAUGUACAACCAGGCCACCCAGGAGAUUGCCAAGCCCUCUGAGCUCCUGACCAGCGUGCGGGCAUACAUGACUGUGCUCCAGUCCAUCGAAAACUAUGUCCAGAUCGACAUCACAAGGGUGUUCAACAACGUGCUCCUGCAGCAGACCCAGCACCUGGACAGCCAUGGAGAGCCCACCAUCACCAGCCUGUAUACCAACUGGUACCUGGAAACCUUACUGCGGCAGGUUAGCAAUGGGCACAUUGCUUACUUCCCGGCCAUGAAGGCAUUUGUCAACCUCCCCACUGAGAACGAGCUGACCUUUAAUGCAGAGGAGUACUCCGAUAUCUCCGAGAUGAGGUCUCUCUCUGAGCUGUUGGGGCCCUAUGGUAUGAAGUUCCUCAGCGAGAGCCUCAUGUGGCACAUCUCCUCCCAAGUGGCUGAGCUCAAGAAACUGGUGAUGGAAAACGUGGAGGUUCUGACCCAGAUGAGGACCAGCUUUGACAAACCUGACCAGAUGGCAGCGCUGUUCAAGAAACUCUCGUCGGUUGACAGUGUGCUGAAACGGAUGACCAUCAUUGGAGUCAUUCUCUCAUUCCGAUCACUGGCCCAGGAGGCACUUCGAGAUGUCCUGUCCUGUCACAUUCCAUUCCUUGUGAGCUCUGUGGAGGAUUUUAAGGACCACAUUCCCAGAGAAACAGACAUGAAGGUGGCGAUGAACGUGUACGAACUGUCCUCAGCUGCAGGGUUGCCCUGCGAGAUCGACCCCGCCCUGGUGGUUGCCCUGUCCACACAGAAGUCUGAGAACAUCAGUCCCGAGGAGGAGUAUAAGAUUGCCUGUCUGCUGAUGGUGUUUGUGGCUGUUUCCAUGCCAACCUUGGCGAGCAACACUAUGUCACAGUACAGCCCUGCGAUCGAAGGGCACUGCAACAACAUUCAUUGUCUGGCAAAAGCUGUAAACCAGAUAGCAGCUGCCCUGUUUACCAUUCACAAGGGAAGCAUUGAAGAUCGGCUGAAAGAAUUCCUGGCUCUUGCUUCAUCCAGCUUACUGAAGAUUGGCCAAGAGACUGAUAAAACAACAACACGUAACAGGGAAUCGGUUUACUUGCUCCUUGACAUGAUUGUGCAAGAAUCCCCAUUCCUCACCAUGGACCUGCUGGAAUCUUGCUUCCCCUAUGUCCUGCUGAGAAAUGCCUACCAUGCCGUCUACAAGCAGAGCGUCACUUCUUCUUCAUAAAUGUUGCUCGCCUGGGGCCAAGGUGCAUAGUCAAGGACAAGGGUCUUCGCAACACAGACCAUAGGUUUGUUUUACGUUGCAGUCUUAAAACAACCGAAAUUAUUUUUUUCUGGGAUCAUUUUAUUUUUUUUGUUAUUUCUUUUUUUCCAUUUGCAUUACUGACCAGUUGUUUCCUAUAACAGUUAUAGUAACAUAUAAGCUUGGUUGAUGAGAAUUACACUACUAAAUUUAAUUUUUGAAAAAGCAUCUGUGUUUCAAUACUUUAAAAAAACAACAUGAAAAAAAUCAAAAACACUGGGGGGUGGGGUGAAUUUUAAACAUCUACAAUCAUGCAGAGUAUUUUGCUUGUUUAUUGACAAAUGUUUCAAUGAUACUCUGUGAUUCUUUUUAGAAUGUUGUUCUAGAUUUCAUCUGUGAUUUAUGUGCAUUAUUUUGUGGACUUGCAUCUUUUUUUUUUUUUUACACUUACGUUUUCUGAAAUAUUUGCCUAAUUAUUACUACAGCAUCUAAUUUUGUUUGGAACUGAGAUGAAUUGUUGGUAACUGCAUAAAAUUAUAGACAGCGGCUGGUGUUUGUACAAAGCAUAGUAUAAUUUUUUUAACUAACUAUCAUGAUGCCGUGUUGGCAUUAACAUGCCCAUUGUACCUGUCUGUAUGGUAUAAUAAACAUUCUUACAUAUUUAUUGAAUGUUUAUAAAUUGUUCUCCCUUGACCACUUUUUGUAUGUUUUCAAUUUUUGGAAAUUCCAGUGUAACUUCCAUAACAUAAAUAAACAUUAGUUAUAUCCAA